ACACUUUUGCUUCCUCUUUGCAGUGAGAGCACAGCAUUUGUCACUCAACCUCUGAAUGUUAGUGACACUAUUGGGACGGGAAAGGACUGUGCUGGCCCAAAUGGCAGGCAUCUCAUAUGUGGCAUCCUUUCUCUUUCUGACUAAGCUCAGCAUUGGCCAGAGAGAAGUAACAGUUCAGAAAGGACCACUGUUUAGAGCUGAAGGUUACCCAGUCAGCAUUGGCUGCAAUGUAACUGGCCACCAGGGACCUUCUGAGCAGCAUUUUCAAUGGUCUGUUUACCUGCUGACAAACCCGACCCAGGAAGUCCAGAUCAUUAGCACCAAGGAUGCUGCCUUCUCUUACGCAGUAUAUACGCAGCGGGUGCGAAGCGGAGACAUCUACGUGGAGAGGGUCCAGGGCAACUCAGUCUUGUUGCACAUCUCAAAGCUCCAGAUGAAGGAUGCUGGCGAGUACGAGUGUCACACACCGAACACUGAUGAGAAAUACUAUGGGAGUUACAGCGCAAAGACUAAUCUAGUUGUUAUUCCAGAUACCCUCUCUGCCACCAUGAGUUCUCAGACUCUCGGUAAGGAGGAAGGUGAGCCGUUAGCCCUCACUUGUGAGGCAUCCAAAGCCACAGCCCAACAUACUCACCUCUCUGUCACCUGGUACCUAACACAGGAUGGAGGAGGAAGCCAAGCCACCGAAAUUAUUUCUCUCUCCAAAGAUUUUAUAUUGGUCCCUGGACCCUUCUAUACAGAGCGGUUUGCAGCCAGUGACGUACAGCUCAACAAACUGGGGCCCACUUCGUUCAGGCUGUCCAUAGAGAGGCUCCAGUACUCAGAUCAGGGUCAGCUAUUCUGUGAGGCAACGGAAUGGAUUCAGGAUCCAGAUGAAAACUGGAUGUUCAUCACCAAAAAGCAGACCGAUCAAACCACUCUGAGGAUCCAGCCAGCAGUGAAAGAUUUUCAAGUCAACAUUACAGCUGACAGCUUGUUUGCUGAAGGGAAACCCUUAGAACUGGUUUGCCUGGUUGUAGGCAGUGGCCGUGACCCACAGCUUCAAGGCAUUUGGUUCUUCAAUGGGACUGAAAUUGCUCACAUUGAUGCUGGUGGAGUCCUGGGCCUGAAGAAUGACUACAAAGAGAGAGCAAGUCAAGGAGAGCUCCAAGUUUCAAAGUUAGGCCCCAAGGCUUUCUCUCUCAAGAUCUUCUCUCUGGGCCCAGAGGAUGAAGGCGCCUACAGAUGUGUGGUAGCAGAGGUCAUGAAAACACGCACAGGUUCCUGGCAGGUGUUUCAGAGAAAGCAGUCACCAGACAGCCACGUGCACCUGAGGAAGCCAGCAGCAAGAAGUGUGGUCGUGUGUACCAAGAACAAGCAGCAAGUUGUGUGGGAAGGAGAGACACUCACCCUUCUCUGUAAGGCUGGUGGAGCUGAAAGUCCCCUGUCUGUGAGCUGGUGGCACAUCCCACGGGACCAGACACAGCCCGAGUUUGUGGCUGGCAUGGGGCAGGAUGGCAUUGUGCAGCUGGGUGCCUCGUAUGGGGGACCCAGUUACCAUGGCAACACACGGCUGGAGAAAGUGGACUGGGCCACCUUCCAGCUGGAGAUCACCUUCACUGCCAUCACAGACAGUGGCACAUAUGAGUGCAGAGUAUCUGAGAAGUCUUGGAACCAGGCCAGAGAUCUGAGCUGGACUCAGAAGAUUUCAGUUACUGUAAAGUCUCUGGAAUCAAGUUUACAAGUUAGUCUGAUGAGCCGUCAGCCGCAAGUGAUGUUAACCAGCACCUUUGACCUGUCAUGUGUCGUGAGGGCCGGUUACUCUGACCUCAAGGUGCCACUCACUGUGACAUGGCAGUUCCAGCCAGCUGGCUCUCACAUCUUCCACCAGCUUAUUCGAAUCACCCACAAUGGCACUAUUGAAUGGGGGAAUUUCCUAUCCCAGUUCCAAAAGAAGACGAAAGUGUCACAGUCUUUAUUUCGUUCACAACUCCUAGUCCAUGAUGCCACUGAGGAAGAGACAGGAGUGUAUCAGUGUGAAGCAGAAGUUUAUGACAGAAAUUCCCUAUACAACAACCACCCCCCGAGGGCUUCUGCCAUCUCUCACCCAUUGAGGAUAGCCGUCACUUUACCAGAGAGCAAGCUAAAAGUGAAUUCAAGGAGUCAAGUCCAAGAGCUCUCCAUCAACUCCAACACUGAUAUAGAAUGUAGCAUCUUGUCCCGGUCCAAUGGAAACCUUCAGUUAGCCAUUAUUUGGUAUUUUUCUCCUAUUUCCACUAAUGCCUCCUGGUUAAAGAUCCUGGAGAUGGACCAAACCAAUGUUAUAAAAACUGGGGAUGAGUUUCACACCCCACAGAGAAAACAAAAAUUUCAUACUGAGAAGGUUUCCCAAGACUUAUUUCAGCUGCACAUUCUGAAUGUGGAAGACAGCGAUCGGGGCAAAUAUCACUGUGCUGUGGAGGAAUGGCUCCUGUCUACAAAUGGCACUUGGUACAAGCUUGGAGAAAAGAAGUCAGGACUAACAGAAUUGAAACUCAAGCCCACAGGAAGUAAGGUACGUGUCUCCAAAGUGUACUGGACCGAAAAUGUGACCGAGCACAGAGAAGUGGCCAUCCGCUGCAGCCUGGAGAGUGUAGGCAGCCCGGCCGCUCUGUACUCUGUGAUGUGGUACUCGAACAGAGAAAACUCUGGAGGUAAAAUGCUGGUGCACUUGCAACAUGAUGGCUUGCUGGAGUAUGGGGAAGAGGGGCUCAGGAGGCACCUGCACUGUUACCGUUCAUCCCCUACAGACUUUGUCUUGAAGCUUCAUCAGGUGGAGAUGGAGGAUGCAGGAAUGUACUGGUGUAGGGUGGCAGAGUGGCAGCUCCAUGGACACCCAAGCAAGUGGAUUAAUCAAGCAUCUGAUGAGUCACAGCGGAUGAUGCUCACAGUGCUGCCUUCAGAGCCCACACUUCCUUCCAGGAUCUGCUCCUCGGCCCCUUUACUCUAUUUCCUGUUCAUCUGCCCCUUCGUCCUGCUCCUGCUUCUGCUCAUCUCCCUCCUCUGCUUAUACUGGAAGGCCAGGAAAUUGUCAACACUGCAUUCCAGCACACAGAAAGAAAAGGCUCUCUGGGUGGACUUGAAAGAGGCUGGAGGUGUGACCGCAAAUAGGAGGGAAGACGAGGAGGAAGAUGAAGGCGACUGAAUCCCAAGAGGCACCUGCAGCCAGGAAGGAAAGCUUCCUGCCUUGCUGCCUGUUUCUUCCUAAGCCCCGUGUGGAAUGUGGUGACCUAGUCAGCUGGAACCAGCUCCUGACAGACCCCGGCAACUUCCAGAUGAACCCGAGUGAACUUUCCUCAUUACCAUCCUGAAGUCACUACCCCAGGGGGAGCUAUAGCUUCAUGAUCGUAACAUGUGACCUAUGUGCUGGCAGGAUGACUCACUGCGGCUGCGCCACUGGGACCCCUCCCCUAUAUGCACCGAUGCACUCUCUCCCCUCUCCAUCACCCCAUAAAACCCUCCUGUCACUUUCCUUCAGAGACACUGCUUUGGAGAAUAUUCCCAGCGCUCUCCUUGCUUGUGACAAGUAAAAAAAAAAAAAAAAAAAAAACUCCUUUUGAUCAAAA